CUCCGUUACACGCUCCCUCCGCUGCAGACACGGGCCAUAGUCAUAGUCCAUAGUCCAUAGUCCAUAGUCCAUGGGCCCUUCCCCCUUUUUUUCGCCUAGCUCGCCUCUGCACUUUUCACACUCCCGCACGGCUUCCUCGGCGACCUUCACCGACCCCCCCUCCACAUUGCAUCCUGCUCCCCAGACACUCGUCCGCAACUCAAAUCCGACCCUGGAACGAAAAGUGACUUUCUUCCUGUGUCUCCUAAUGUACCUCCCCUGUCUGAUCAUCGAGUCUGCCGGCCCUCCCCUGGCUCUGCCUUCUCCACAUCAUAUAACGAGGACAUAUAGCAAGCCCUCUAUCAUGAUGUACCGUUCGUGCACCUAGACAACCACGCAAAGUAUUAAAGUAAUAUGACUGCGGCACUGGAUCCCCAUCGACUCCACCAUAUAUAUUUGGGCUCUCACUUGAUGCUCAUCCAUUGCCUUCGUGAGCAGACUCGGAUUCGUAUUCGUGCCAGGACCUGACCGAUCAGAUAAUAAAAAGCUCUUUCGUCCCAGCAAACAGAGGGUCGUGCCGCUCCACCACCGUUCGUCUAUCAACUGCUCCAACCCAACCCGUCGUUGCAGCGCAUCGCAUCAACGAGCCCCAGUGAAGACCCCCUGUGCCUACGUACCCAAUCUCACAACUUGCGGACCACCAAACACUUCUUGCCGCAUCCGCUCGGUGUUGGUUCUCUACAGAAGGGACU